CUUCCUUUAUCUUAUGCCGGUAUACGUUUCCUGAAAACUAAUCAACCUACACAAAAACCUCCGAAAGAACAUUCGAUCGUUCAACCUGUGGUCCCCGAAUACAGACCACCUGCAUUAGGAGUCAACCCCGCCUAUGAUGAGGCACUUAAAUAUAUUUUCGAAGACAAAGAAAACAAAUAUCGCCAGAUAAAAGAGCUUGAGGCAAAGAUAAAACAAAUCUUACAAAAUGGACACCCCAUUACUGAUAAGACCGUAAGCGAACUUGAAAAAGAAAAACGCAUUUUAGAAAUUCGAGCUGAGGCGAAUGAUCCUGAAGUUAGAUGGAAUUUCGAACAUGGGAAAAUUGAUAUGUCAAAACCAGUUUAUCGAUUUUUACAAGAAAAAAAAUGGAAGAAUGGUUAUCUCCAACAUUUGAUGGAACGCGUAUCCCAAAUGUAUGUUAUACCUGAUGUGUUCCCAGAGUUGGUGGAUCCUACGAUAAACCUUCAGUUUAGAUACGGUGACGAAGUAGGAGAACCUGGAGCUUUUCAGCUACCUAUAAAUACUAUCAAUCCUCCAACCGUGAUCUUAGAUAAUUUUCAUGAAGAUAACCGGCUUUACACGUUCGUUAUGGUUAACCCUGAUAUGCCGAACGUGGAGCAAAAAACUUUUCAAAUUGAAUGGCACUGGUUAAUCGUUAAUAUCCCUCUUAAAGCUACGAAAACCGACAUUUCCGGUGGAGAAACUAUUGUAUCAUACAUACCACCACAUCCUCCUAAAGGAACUAGAUAUCAUCGAUACGCCUUAGGUAUAUACGAACAACCUUAUGGAAGAAUCAAUGUAGAUGAUAUAAAUCAAUAUAAGACGACUCACGAUUUUGCGGAAAAAUAUCGUUUGAAAUUACGCGGGGCUUCAUUCUUCCGUGAGAUAUGGGACAAGAAUGUUAGCGAAAUUUACAAUAACAUUUUGAAAAUUCGUGAACCAAUUUACGGUAAACAACCUAACCUCGAUACUAGAAAGAAUGAAUUUACGAAAUAUCCGGAAUCUUUAAACGAUAAUUAG